AUGGCAGAUUUAACUCCUGAAGCUUUGCACCAAAGUUGCCAUAAGUAUCGGAGAGUGCUGGUCUUAGAUGACUCUUCUGGUGUAGACCAUUUACAGAGUUACGGAAGUGAGAAGCGUCCCAAUAGUUUCUUGUCUGACGAUCACUCCGAAGACGUCUCCGUAGUCAGUCAGGGAAAUAAACUUCACGAACGUGAAUCGAGCGAUAAUGACAGCUACUCGAGCUCCUUCGUAGUGUCAGAUGAUGAGUAUUUCACUGAUGAUUCGUCCUACUCACCGUCAUCACCUUCUGAAUCAUCAAAUGAGGUCAAACAUAAUCUAACUGAAGAGCAGAUUAGAAGAGUUCAGGGGCUCCGUUUUGCAAAGAAGAACUCAAGCGAAAUAGCUUUUGUUCAGCCAUGUGAACAAAAUUCCUUUUAUUCAGACAGUUGCGCAGCGACUCUAGAUAAUAUUACGAAGGGUGGACGUUCCGAAAUGCAACCAAGUUUUUCAAAAGAGGCUCACGAUGGCAGUGCCGAAAGUGAAAAUUCGUUGAAGUCUUCAUGUGAAUCUGAUGAUAACGACGACAGUUUCGAAAAAUAUCUCAAGAAGCUCCGCACUCAAACAACUGAACCUAUAUCUAUUACCAAGCUGAAAAGAAAUGGUGCUGAAGAGAAAAGUUUCAUCGUAAGCGACAGUGACGUUUCUGGAAGCUGUUCGGAAUCGGAAUCCGAAACAACAGAUAGCUCCUGGAGCCCUAGUAGCAAUGAAUGCGACGAUCAAUCUCGUAGAUCGGAUCCGCAACUAUUGAAGUCAAUAAAGGAAUCCUUUGCAAGUCCAUCCGUGCUCUCACAUGGAAGAAAGAAGCCCGCUGACGAAGAUGAGCACUUCCUUAUUUCGCUUUCUCAUGAUUACUCCGAAUUGCGUCAUCCUGAAGCUGAACUUUAUGUAAAAAAGGGGAUCAAGAACGCAAAGCUGCGGACACAGCUUACAAGUAGACUUUUUGAAAUAUUUCGCCGUCAGUGCUUCAACGAAGAGCUUCCUGAGUUUUUGUCUGUUACUUGGAACCCGCGGCUGUGCAAAACUGCUGGGAUGUGUCGCAACAAAUCCGAUCGCACAAGUUGCAUAGAACUGUCUCCGAAGGUCUGUAGCACUCCUGAUAGAGUUCGCGACACCCUCGUUCACGAAAUGUGUCAUGCAGCAGUGUGGGUCGUUGACGGGCGCAUUAAAGAGGGCCAUGGUGCCGUAUGGAAGAAAUGGGCAUAUAUGUGCAUGAAACGCUUCUCGUUUCUUCCUGUUAUAGGACGUUGUCAUGAUUAUGAAAUAGACGCGAAGUUCAUCUACGAAUGUGAAGGGUGUGGACAACAAGUGCGACGUCAUACAAAGUCGUUUGACACAACGCGAAAGAUUUGUGGAAUAUGCAAGGCUCGUUUUGUCUUACAAGUGCGACCUAAUGCGAAAAAUAAAGCUCCAAAUAACGAGCUGCAGCAUAAUUCAUUUGCGAAAUACGUGAAGGAGAACUAUGGAAAGUACAAGAAGCCUGGCAUGAAACACGGAGAAGUGAUGCGUACUCUCGCGCAGCUAUACAAGGAGCAAUCGAUGCAAAGGAUCAGCGAAGAGGAGACGAAACUUCAAGAUAAAUCGACACGGAAGAUCAACAAAGAGGAGGCGGAAGUUCAAGAUCUACUCGAUUUGAGUGUCCUUUCCAUCCAUAAUUGA